CCUUUGAAUAAAAUGUUUAGGAGUUAAAGCGUCUUUUUUAAAAAAAAAAAAGAAUCUGUUUAAAAUAAUCGUUUGUAUUACAUACAUUCUAAACACAAACCUUUAGGAUGUAAAAAUGAUUAAAAGAGCUGUUUAAAAACAAUCCGUAUUACUAGGCUUCCAAAAAAACACACAAAAACUUUAGGAGGUAAAAAUGGUUAAAAGAGCUGUUUAAAAAGAAUAGCGCAUAUUACAUGACUUCUAAACAAAGAUCCUUACGAUGUAAAAAUGUUAAAGUGCUGGUUAAAAGAUGUUUAAACUAGGAGAUAAGUAUUUUCCAGAGAUGUCUUCCAGUCGCUGUGUUAAGCAGUAAUGAAGUUAAACUGAGACGCCUCACUGUCGCUAAACCCCGCCCCCACAUACGUGUUUUCAGACACGUCUCUCUCUCUCUCUAAACACACCCAUACACGUGUUUUCAGCGUAGCCAGUACGUUCUGUCAAAAUGUCAAUCACGGCGGUAGAACUAGAGGGUUAAUUUAUGGCCUCUUCCUUGUCAGGCCUGCGUUUCUCUAGGAGUGCUUAAUUUAUGGCCCUUUGUUUCUUCCUGACCAAGAGUUUUUUUUAUGACUAGGGGGGUCGUGGUGUGAUCCUACAGAUUGUUUAUGAUAAUGAGUGUCUGCGGGGGUGUUAAUGGCUUUACGACACACCCUACAAUAGGUAUGCUUUAUGUUUAAAAGUAGGGUCAGUUACGCAGAAGUCUCUAAGAUCUUGGCUGUGUAUCAGAGCGCUGUGUAAUUUUAGGCGAAUCGUCGAUUCUCGUUUAACUCACCUCUAAAGCUUUAUAUUUUAUUUUGGAGAAUACUUCAAAGAGGCGAUGGCUGUCUGUCGUAACAGUAAGUGUUUUGUUUUAUUUUAUUAUUAUUAUUAUUAUUAUUAUUAUUAUUAUUAUUACCCAUAGUUAAGAAUGUUUUUAUUUAUAAACGAAUUUAUGGGUUUAUUGUGGUGGAUAAAACAGGUAUCUAACGCUACAGGUGAUGCUGACAUUGUGUCUAUCCCGGACAUCGUAGACGAAAUCAAGUUUCUGAACAAGGCAAGCGGGUCGAACACAGAAGUCCCGCGAGUCAGGUUGGAAAACCCCGUGUUGGGUAAGAUCUGUAAUAAUGAGAUAUUUAUCUGUUAUGUUUAAAAGCGGUUUAAGAUGUUUUCUUAUGUAUUGUGUUCGUUUGUUUACUGUUCGAGGCUUGUCAAAUCUUGUAAACAAGAUCGCUGCACCCGAGUUCAAAAAUAGUGCCGCGGUUUCCACUGAACGCGGUAUACCAACGAGCUCUGGAAAGGCCAAGCGUAAAACAGUCGCUCAGGUCCACAGCGCGGGUGUCGCUACGUCUAAACGUAAACGAUCAAGAUCUCCCCCACGAUCGACAGACGAGUCAGCUGUGAAUGAACCGCGCGCUAUAGACUCUUGUUUGAACUGGAAUCAGGAGCUGUUUGAUUCGUGGGACGCCUGUGUAUUUACCUCGGUUCCUGGAGACGAUCUGCCUUCAAACCAAGAAGCAUUUGGUCGCGAGGCUACUGAUGUUAUAGACAAUAACAGAGACUCGGCGGAGGUGAUACGAACCGGGUUCAAGGCCAUCGAGGAUCGUAUUGCUGGAUUUGAAAAUACUUUUGCUAGCGUCACCGAGCGUCUGGACAUUAUAGAGAAGAAUCAGCAUCUUUAUAAUCAAAGUGUUGUGGAAACAUUACAAAACCAUACCAUCACACAUAAACAAAUCAUAGCAACCCAGAAGCUUCUUGCUGGGGAGAUUCGUCGCGUUGAUCACAGUCAACACCUGAAAACGGAAUUGUUAAAACAGUUUGUACAGUUAGUUAAAAACAAGUAA